AUGGCCGGGCGGUUGGGUCGGAAGUUCUUGGCCGCUCUGGUUCUGGGCCUCGGACUGCGAGGUUUGGCAUACUCGACUCUGGCGGGAACGGUUUCACGCCACGAGUUGGGCCUGGAGCGUGGUGCAAGAGCUACUGCAUUUGCAGGGCCCAGCAUGGACUCCAGGGAGGGGCAGGCGAUCCUCAUCCUUGGAGGAGGAGUUAUUGGGGUGUCCAUCUCCUAUCACUUAGCUUUGCGGGGCAUCAAGACUGUUGUGGUUGAUCGAGCUGGAAUUGCCUCGUGUGCCAGCGGCAAAGCUGGCGGAUUCCUUGCGCGAAGCUGGAAUUCCGGGACGCCGACCGAUGCACUCUCGCAGAAAAGCUUUGAUAUGCACGAGGAGGUAGCCAAGCGAUUGUCUUUGAGUUCAUACCGCCGUCUGAAAUGCCAGAGUGUUGCCGUGGAUGGUACAGGCUCAAAGCCGGCCGGUGCGAAGCUCAAGAACCUUGAGUGGACGGACCUUGGCGUUCGCGGCUCCCGGCUGAUGGGCGAUGAGAGCACUAUUGCACAGGUACAUCCCAAAGAGUUGUGCGAUGCCAUGUGGAGCUAUAGUGAGCAGCAGGGAUCAAAGCUCGUGAAGGGUGUGGUAGAGAAGCUGUGCUAUGCAGAUAGAGAGGGUGAGCGAACAAUCAGCGGAGUCAUUGUGGACGGAGAGCUUCUGUCUGCGGAUGCUGUGGUGUUGUGCAUGGGACCCUGGAGCGACGUGCUCCAGCAAGCCGUGCCAGCCUGUGGCAUGCUGGGUGUGAAGUAUCACAGCGUCUUGAUGCGAACAGGGAGAGUUCUGAAUGAGGCGGUGUUCUUUGCUGGCCUGGGAGAUCCAGAAGUUUACCCAAGGAACAACGGCGAUCACUACGUCACAGGCUUUCCGGACCCGCCCCAGGUGGUGGCAGAGCUGCCUGGCAACGUGGAGGUGAGACAAGAGGUGUGCUCGCGGCUGGUCAAGACUAUGCAGCAGGUCAGCUCGGAGAUGGCCGACGCAGAGGUCACUACGCAGCAGUCGUGCUAUUUGCCCUUCACUCGCGAUAGCCAGCCAUGCAUGGGCAAGGCGCCGCAGCAUGAGAAUGUCUACGUUGCCACGGGCCGGGAUCCCAAGCGCGCAGGCGCAUUUCUCCGCAUCAAGUCUGGUACAGUGCCGGGCCGCUACAAGAAGCCUGUGAAAGCAAAGCGAACACAGGUGGUACGGUUCACCGUAGAGUCCAAACCAUUUGGCAUUGCGUUCGACACGGUCGAGCGCGAUGGGGACGUCUAUGUUGUGAAGGUUACCCCGGGCAGUCAAGCAGAAUGUGCUGGCAUUCGCGUCGGAGACAAACUGUGGAGUGCAGGAGGUCGCGUAAUCCGCGGAGCAGAUCAAGUGAUGUCUCUUGCGCAGCUGACACCGCCGUUUAAGCUGACAUUCCAAAGGGAUGUCUAA